AUGUCUGAUACAUUCGUCGAAAUAGGUCAGUAUACAAAACUUCUUGCAAUUGAUACAAUAGACUGUAACAAUGAUCAAAAUCAAGAAUCAGUAUCAGAUCCACUACAAGAUAUAGAUCUGACAGUUGGACAAUCUUUCAAAGAUAAAGCAACUCUUCAAGCAUGCUUACGACUUCAUGUAUAUGAUAUCAUAACAGUUCUCGAGAAUGGUAAAGAAUACACAGUCAAUAUGGUCAAGAGAACAUGUACAUGCAAAAAGUUUGAUAUCGAUGAAAUUCCUUGUAAACAUGACGUAGCAUUUCUAGCCGACAAGAAGACUGAACCUUAUGCGUACUGUUCAAGAUACUAUACAAAUGCAGCUAUGUUAGCGACAUAUUCUGAAACCGUAUAUCCAUUGGAGAAGGAAGAAGAAUGGAUUAUUCCAGAACAUAUCAAGAACAUGAUUGUCUUACCACCCCAACAUAGAACAAGAACUGGAAGGCCUAAAAAGAGUAGGUACACGUCAAAGUGGGAAAAUCCGAAAAAAGGGAAAUGUGGAAAAUGCGGACAAGCUGGACAUAAUAGGAAAACAUGCCGAAACAUGCCUAAAGCUACCUAG